AUGACGAAUGUUUCGUUCUACUGGAUGACUGAAAAACUGGAUAAAUGUUUUGCUUUAAUUGCUAAUGAAAGUUAUCAAUGUCCAGAAAAAGAAGAUAACGGUCAUUUUCUAGCUUUCGAUGAUUAAAAAUUGUCUGGAACUGGACUUAGUCACUGUCUUGUGACUAUUAGUAGAGGUAUGGUUAAAACCACUGAUCUCUGUAUGUGCCAAUUUUGUGUUGUUUUUCAGAUCUUCUUUCUUUUCUAGUUUUUUCUUCAUGAUUUUUUAAUUUUGGUUCGGAUUUCCAAUAAAAGUUUAGAAAAAAAUUGGUAAAAAAAUUCCGAUGAAAAACUAGAGUUUAGUUUGAGCCUUUUUUUUGCGCAUUUUUUCUCAAAAUAGAAAUUUUCUUGAAAAGUUCAAAUUGUCUAGUUAUAAAUAUGAACAACGAUGUGAUUACUCAUUCAAUCAGAUUUUCUAUUGUGACUCAUCAAAUUCCACUUUCUCCAUUUCCACAUUUUUUCCACCCAAAUUAAAUUCCAAAACGAGUUGUAAUAAUACCUCAAAGAUACCAAUCCAAACCACACCAAACUGUCUCAAAUAUUUUUUAGUACUCAAACCAAACAUUCGAUUGAUAACCGAUUCGCUUGAUUAAUCACUGUUGAUUUCGAUUUCAAACAGAACAAGCUUAAUUAUUUUUUGCGUAUAUCUAAUUAUGAUUUUCACUUUCUAGCGAUAGUCGGAAAGAGAAGGGAUUGCGCAAUCAGGUUAGAAAUGUUUAUCUCGAAAAGGGAUCUGAUCGUUUUUUUCAUUGAAACUGUUUUAGUGGAUUUGAAAGUGUUUAGAAUUGAAUUGAGUUUCAGUUUUUCCCUUACACUUUUCAUUUCAAUUCACACUUUUCGACAACUUUUUUAAAGAUGGAUAGCAAGUCUACACAGGUGACAUUUUUAACGAAUAUGAGAGAAAUAUAAAAUCUAAUUUGUGAAAAUCCAGAAAACUACGGUAAAUAAAUUGAGCCCGUUUCAGAUAUAUAGGAUAAACAAUUUUGUAAUUUCAAUGUGUUGAAAGUCGGUAGAAAAAAACAAACGUCCAAUAACGACAAGGACAAAAUAUUGAAAUCAAAGACGAAAUAAUAACUCGCUAAUCACUUUCAAAGCAAUAUCGAUUUCGUGCGUUCGGUUCUUUUCAAACUUUGGAAAUUGCAAAAUGUAUUCGCGUAAUUUGCAUAAAUCUCAGAACCUCGAAUUUUCUCAAACCCCAAAAAAAACUCACAUUUCUUCCGGUUUUCCUCGAAAUUCAGAAUCAUUUGACCAACAAUUUCCUCUUUAAUUCUUCCGAUUCUUCCGAUAUUUCCACCAUUUCUCUGACCAUUUUCCUGUAAUGUAGAAAUUAGCAAAAUCUAUAUAAAGUAAACCAAAAGUAAGAAAAAUUAAAUUUCAUUCAAUCUCUCUCUUAUAAAAAGCGAAAUCACUGAAAAUUUGGCGUCACAUCAAGUGUUUCGAUGUGAAAUACCGCUUCGUUUUUUCAAAAAAUCAAGAGAAAGGAUCACAUAAAAAGUAUAACAGUUAGGAACACAGUGAUUCUCUCCAAUUAUCUUCCCUUUAGAAAAACGCAAGAAAUAAAUGCUCUCCUAAAACCGUAAACACCUCCACACUAACACCACGACGCGACCGUGCACACUGGCGACUUGCCAAUAGCAGCAAAUGCGCUCUGUUUCACACUCAUUUUAAUUUUCUUUUGUUUUCCUUGGGAACCCGGAAAUCGGGAUUUUGGGGACCCGGGAGGAGUUUUUCUAACCUAAACAGUUAUUACUUGGCUGUAAGGAACCGCAGGCAUUUGAAGUAGGUCGUUUUAUCUGGGAUUUUAGCUCGGGAACCCUUAAAAUUUCUCACCAUCAACGUAAAUUUGUCAGAUUCAAAGGGACACACUUAAAAACACUUUCUGCGCAGGGCCCCCUACACAACGUUUUACGGUGACACAGGCGAGAGAGAAACACCCGAGGAGACGCAGAGAACAUUGAAGUGCGCUCUACCGAACACAAAACGUUUUUCUUUUUCAAACCAGUUUUUAUCAGUUUAAAGUGGGGUUUCCAGAAUAAUAACUUACCGGCAUUGAUUUUAAUGAGAUGAAUCUGAAAUUUUUCAGGAGAAGACAAAAAAGUUUAUAGGAAAAAUGCUAUUUUACCGUGUAAAACAACAAAAAGAGCUGAAGAUGGCAGAAAAUACACAUUAGAUUAAAUAAAUGAUAUACAAUGCUAUAAAACAUACUGUCCGUUCGCCAGCGAAGGAAACGCGCCCCAUCGCACUUCUUUUUUCUGCUGCCCCGAUUUUUUUUUGUUUUUGAAAAAACGGAAAUUUCCGUUUUUUUUGUGUUUUCAAGUUGUUUUCGAGACUUUUUUCAGAGUUUUUUGAUUUAGAUAGAUGAAUUGGGGGUAGAGUGUUCACCUUUCACGUGAUUUGUUUUGUUUUGUGAGUUUUUAGUGAUAAAAAACGCAAUUUUUCAAUUUCCAGGAUUUUCCGAGACCGAAAAAUGUCGAAAAAACCAUCUUUUCGAAUGGUAUUUCGAACUUUCUGUCACCUCUAGGUAAGUUAGCAGUACAUCAGAGUGUUCAAAAUGCAUAUUUUUUGAUUUUACAGAUGUUCGAAAAUUGCACGAUUUUGGCUCAAAUUUGCACAGAAAAUCGAUUUUUGGUAUGAAUAUAUAAGAAAGAGGCAAAGACAUACAUUUGAGGAGGAUUGGGCAUCUUCCCUAUCAAUAUUGGAGCAGUCUCAUCGCAAUUUUGAAUUAUUCUAG